AUGGUGAGUCCGUUGGCUCUUUUCGUCGGAUUAGCAAUCCUAAUAGGUCCUCUGGGUAUAAUGGUAGAUGGGUUGGGAGUUAACUGGGGGACAAUGGCCACACACAAGCUGCCACCAAAGACAGUGGUUCAGAUGCUCAAGGACAAUAACAUCAACAAGGUCAAGCUUUUCGAUGCUGACGAGACCACCAUGGGUGCACUUGCCGGUUCUGGUCUUGAAGUGAUGGUUGCUAUCCCCAAUGAUCAGCUAAACGUCAUGGGAAGUUAUGACCGAGCCAAGGACUGGGUUCGCAAGAACGUCACUCGUUAUAACUUCAGUGGUGGUGUCAAUAUCACGUUUGUAGCAGUUGGGAACGAGCCAUUCCUCAAAUCAUACAACGGAACAUUCAUAAACCUCACAUUCCCUGCGCUUCAAAACAUCCAAAACGCUUUAAACGAAGCUGGACUAGGGAACUCUGUAAAAGCAACGGUCCCUUUAAACGCAGAUGUCUACGACUCACCAGCAAGCAACCCUGUGCCAUCUGCUGGAAGGUUCCGUCCUGAUAUCCUCGGUCAGAUGACUCAGAUCGUUGACUUCCUUGGCAAGAACAACGCCCCCAUCACAAUCAACAUCUACCCUUUCUUAAGUCUCUACGGGAACGAUGACUUCCCAAUCAACUACGCCUUCUUCGACGGUGCUCAACCAAUAGAUGACAACGGUAUUGCUUACACAAACGUUUUCGACGCCAACUUCGACACUUUGGUAUCUUCUUUGAAAGCUGUUGGCCAUGGAGAUAUGCCUAUAAUAGUAGGAGAAGUUGGCUGGCCAACAGAAGGUGACAAGCACGCAAACAACGGCGAUGCUUAUAGGUUCUACAACGGGUUAUUACCGAGGCUUGGAACAAACAAAGGCACACCACUGAGACCAACCUACAUUGAGGUUUACUUGUUCGGUUUACUAGAUGAGGAUGCUAAAAGCAUAGCACCAGGAGCGUUUGAGCGUCACUGGGGACUAUUCAAAUUCGAUGGGCAACCAAAGUUUCCUUUAGACCUCUCGGGACAGGGACAGAACAAGCUGUUGAUUGGUGCACAGAACGUGACGUAUCUACCAAACAAGUGGUGUGCGUUUAAUCCAGAUGCUAAAGACUUGACAAAGCUGGCUCAGAACAUAGAUUUCGCAUGCACUUUCUCGGAUUGCACGGCGCUUGGUUACGGAUCUUCUUGCAAUGGUCUUGAUGCAAAUGGGAACGCUUCGUAUGCGUUUAACAUGUAUUUUCAAGUGAAGAACCAAGAUGAGGAGGCUUGUGUCUUCCAAGGUUUGGCCAAGAUUAGGUCGGAUAAUAUAUCUCAGGGACAAUGUGACUUCCCUAUUCAGAUUGUUGCUUCUUCCUCUGCUUUUGUCUCUUCUUCUUUGGUUUGGUUGGUCUCUGGAGUUUUGUUUGCCUUCUUCAUGUUUUGA